GCCCCAAAGCAGAGUCUAAAGGGAGAGAAAAGGGAUGUGCAGAUAGAGAUGGUCCAGGAGGCUAUGCCUGCUUGCUGUCUUUCAGUUUUCUCUGUACUAAAAGCACCACUUGGUGACCUUUGGCAUAUAUAACGUUAUGCUUCCUUAAGCGUUUUUUCAUGUCUUUCCUAGAGGGAAGGAAAACCUCUUUUUUUCGUUCCCCACAAGGCCAGCCAAGCAGUAGAACAGGCAGCCCAGAGAGGCUGGGCAGGUCCUCAGUCCAUGAGGGUUUUCAAGACCUGACUGGAAAAAGCAGCCUGAUCAUAUCAUAGCAGACUCCACUUUGAGCUCUUGCGGUCCCUUCCAACCUGGAUCAUUAUUCUAGGAUCCUCUGUAGGUUUUUCAAGAAAGCUUUAUGUUGGUCUACCCUAUUUUUGUAAUACCCCUUCAUUUCUACUACUGAUGCAAAGCAGGGAUUCAUUUUUUUUUUCCUGUAAGUGCAGAAGCUUACCCUACUAUGCAUUAAUCUACAAAAGUGCUACCUAUUACUGCUCCAGAUUUCAUCACAAGCUAUUCGAAUCCUAUCUGCACUGCUCUGUUCUAGGGCUGAAUUCCGCGAUGUUGAGAGGAGCUGCUCACGGUGCAAAAGAUGCAUUUACUCUUCUGUUGACGAGAUCUCAGUACUGGAACCCAGGAUGGAAUUUUCCCUCAGUGUGGACUGAAGUAGCAAAGAGGAGCUUCCCAGUACGUUCCAGCUACACAACUGACACAAAAUCGAGAGAGGAAAAUAAAGAAACUAUUGAGAGUCUCCACAAAUUGUCAGUCGAUGUUAAGAAGAUCCGCAGAUUAAAGGAAUGGGUCCUUCUCCAGGAUGUGGCCUAUGUUAAAGAAAUUGCUGGUAUCUUACAAGAAAUGGGAGCAGACAAGACUGCUGUAGCCAACAUUUUAGAACGCUGCCCAGAGGCAAUUCUCCACACUCCUACGGAGAUAAACUCUCAAAGAGCUCUAUGGCAGUUAGUAUGCCAGAAUGAAAAACAGUUGAUUAAAUUAAUAGAGCAAUUUCCAGAGUCUUUUUUCACUAUUGACUAUCGUGAGAACCAGAAGGCAAAUAUACUGUUUUUUCAAGAGUUAGGACUUAAGAAUCAUAUAAUCACCAGGUUCUUGACAAGCGCACCAACUAUUUUCUACAAUCCUGUUGAGAAAACCAGAAAUGUGAUAGAGACAUUACAAAGAAAUUAUUUAAGUUUGGGAGGUUCUGAUGCAAAUAUGAAGAUCUGGAUACUGAAGCUAUUGAGCCAAAACCCAUUUAUUUUAUUAAGUACCUCCAGCACAAUCCAGGAGAACUUGGAAUUUCUCCAGAAGAAUGAUUUCACUGACAAUGAAGUGCUACAGCUGCUGUCCAAACUUAAAGGCUUCAUUUUUCAACUUACCCCUACUACUAUGCAGAAGAGUAUGCUUUUUUCCCAAAAUGUCUUCAAGUGCAGCGAUCAAGAAUUAAAACAGCUAGUGCUGAAAUGCCCAGCCCUUCUCUACUAUUCUGUUCCAAUUUUGGAAGAAAGACUUGAAGGCCUGCUGAAGGCAGGAAUUUCUGUAGCACAGAUUAGAGAGACACCGAUGGUGCUGGAAUUGACAACACAAAUUGUUCAGUACCGAAUUAAAAAACUCUCUGCUUUGGGAUACGAUAUAAAGAGUGGAUCUCUAGAAAGCUUGAAUGGUACUAAGAAAGAUUUUGAAGUCAGUUAUGGUAAGAUACAGUCAAAGAAGGAGAGACCCAUUUUUAAUCCUGUUGCUCCUAUAAACGUUGAAGAUUAAUUUGAAUGCUGUCCUUUAAAUAACGCAAAAGAAAACUAUCAAAGAGAAAAGAGAUGUUGGUUCUUUGAGAAGAGCCAAACCAAAAGCAAUCUUAACCAGACUGUAGUCUUACGCUGUACUUUGUUUCUGGACUGGGUGUUAGGCACAACUUCAUAAAACAAUUGUAGCUUUCUAGCAUUGUCAAAUAAUAUCAUAGAACCUGGUUAUGAUAAAGGUUGCCUUUUUCCCACCAAGGAGGACCUCA